CUUCAAAUGUCCGGCGGGAUGUCAAAGUUGCUGUCAAGUUUGUUUACAGUUGAAACGAUGCACAUGUCAAAGGAUUACAGAAUCAACACGUUUUGUUUUUACGGUUAAUGUGUAAUUUUCAUAAUGGAAGACAAUUAUAGAUCAACAUUUUCACCUCAUAUGGGAUCACUGCGGAGUCCUGCAAAACGACCUCUGUAUAGGAACCAAGAUGAGAGUUUUACCUUGAACCACGACAACACACAGUACCAUGAAUACCCAAACAAGCCAUUUAUCAAUGAUGAUUACAGACAAACUAAACCAACAAAAGCAUACCCUGAGAAUAAUAGGACAGCGGUAAUAUCAGCCCUAAAGAAUCUUCAAGACAAGAUCAGAAAGUUGGAGCUAGAACGAGGAGCUGCCGAGGACAAUCUGAAAAGUUUGGCGAUAGAAACAAAUAAAUACAGAGACAUUUUGCAAAGAGACAGAGAUAUUGAAGAGCCCCGUCAGUCAACUGUGUCUAAAAAUACACAAGGUAGGGAGAGUGACCUCCCCUUAUCAUCAAAUCAUGUUACAUUAAAUUUACAUCAAGAAAAUGGCAGGAUUUCUCCGAAAAGUCAACCUUCUUUUUCACAGGACAGAGAUGGAGAAGUGACCUCUCUUUCUACUCGCUAUUCAUUAAAUUCACAUCCCGAUGUGAAGGAAGAUGCCAGGAAAAUGUUGUCCCAGUCACGAGAGCUUGAAUCACAACUGUCGUCUGCUGAGACUAGAAGUCAGCUACUGGAAAAGCAAUUGGAUUACAUGAGAAAAAUGGUACAGAAUGCUGAAUCGGAUCGACAGGAUGCCAUGGUAACCAAUGCCUUGAUGAAAACAAAAGACAGAUAUGGUCUCUCCUCCACGGAAUUGAAAGAUCAUGAUCAUAAAAUUUCUGACUUAGAACGAGAACAUUUAAAACUGACUGCAACUCAAACAUUAUCAGAGAACAAAAUAAGAGAAUUAGAAGAGAAAUUACAAGAAGAAAAACAUCACAGAAAAUUAUUAGAAGAAAAAGCUGUUGAGUUAGAAACUAUGGCGGCUACAAAUAGAAUUUUAAUGGAAGCUGAUUUAGAUGAACCUUCAAGUAAAUCAAAACCAAAGAGACCAGCUAAGAAGAAAAAGAAAGUAGUAGCUAAAUCAGGCAAAAGACAUUGCUCAGACCCUACAAAACAUUAUAGACUCAACUUAGCAGAAAUCCCAUUUGUAGCUGGCACUUCUCUUACACCUAGUCAUUCUGUUGGUGGUAAUGUACAGCGAGUUCUAGCUUUAAUGAAGUCCCACAACAUGGCUUUGUGUUCAGAACUUAGUGACAACAGAUCUUCCAGUCCUUCCUCAGGCUCAAGUAAUGGUAGUCUUAACAACGACCUUGCUGAUCUUCUGUUACAAUUACAGGACGAGUUUGGUCAGAUGAGCUUUGAACAUCAAGAAAUUUCCAAUGAAAUCAAUGAAGCAACAGACCAUAAAGUGAGAGAAGAUUUGGAGAGAGAACUUGAAGCUUUGGUCUCUAGGAUGGAGGCUAAAAGUCAACAGAUAUCAAAAGUUAGGAAACAUCAACAAAAGUUAGAAGAAAAGAAGAAGAAAAUGAAGAAACGUCCAAACUCUGCGAAACAAAUAGACUCAAAAGAGACAACACCUCGUACAAAAUCAUCCUGUUCUAAUUAUAGUUCUGGAAACGGUGAAGUGGAAGUGACGACUACGAUACGAACAAAAGGUUCUAAUGUUGGAAAGGUGCAAGUUAGGCCACACAGUGGACAUAAAGUGUCGUUAAACGUUCUGAAAGACAUGAAAAAAUUACAAACAACAUUACGGAAAGAUGAUCUUAAAUGGGAAUAGUGACUAUGAUAUUAGUAAUAUACAAUUGUGCAUUUUAAAACAGGGCAUAUUUAUACUCCAAAAAUAUGAUACCAUUGCAUUGUCUGGCAAUGAAUGAGUUUUUAUAGGACGGCCUCAGUAGUUAAAUAUGUUUAAUCAUUAAAAGAGCAUAUUUACUUGUUCAGGACAAUUUACAACAGUUAUUUGUGAAUAUCAAAGAGGUCUGGCCAAGUUUACUCCAGAUUUGUUAAUGAUUUUCCUUUACGAUACUGUGGAUCCUUAAUUAAUGGCUUUCAAAUAACUUAAGAAGAUGAAGAACAACAAUAAGAUGUCAUACCUUUGAUAUAAGUUUAUUCCAAUUAUAAUACAGGAGGAAAUUUGGUUUUUACAUUUUUCCAUUCCAUAUUUACAUUUUCCCCAUUCAGGUUAAAUUCACACAAAAUAUUCAAAGGUAAUCAGUUUUGGAUAUUAUCAUAGUUAUAUUGUUUCAGUUUUUCUGCUGGAGUAUGAAUAUGCCCUUGUAUCAACAAGAACUAUAGCUACAUGCCUCCCUGAUAUUAUUCAUGUGUACCUCAGCAAAUGCAUUAAUUACAGUAUAUAAAGGGACAUAAUUAUACAUAUUUCAUUGGCAAAUCAAAAUAUUAUCUCCCUUUAUGGUGACUUGAUGUGUGAUUGUCAAUUCUGUCCUUCCAUUUAAAGCAUCAUUGCAAGGAUGCUUUUCUUAUUUAAAUGUGUCAGUUUAAGGCUGAAAUAUUGUCUUACAUUAAGUAUUUAUCAGUUGUCUCCAUCUAAUAUUUUUCAUUUUUUGGAAGAACUCAGUUGCAGCUAGACUAGUCACUACUAGUGUGUCCACUGAAAAAUAAAGUUUGCUAUUUAUAAGUACAACCAUGAAUUCUCAUUUAGCCACUGAAUGUAAGCAAACAACAGAUAAUCAAUCAAUCUUUAACUAUUGUAAUUUUAUAAAAUCAAACUGGUCAAACAGAAGUUGAUUGGCUUAUGAGGAUAAUUUUCCUCAGUCAGUAGAAAGUAAACAAUAUUUUAAUGAUUUUCAUGGUCCAAUGAGUGAAUACAUUUUUCUUUGUACACGUUCAAGUAAAUAUGCUGUAAAAAUUUUUAACUUCAGCUUGCACUUUUAAGUACAUUUUGACUACUGAGGAAAAGAAUGUAUUUUUUAUUUGACUACUGAGGGAAAGAAUGUAUUUUUUAUUUUGUUUAAUUUAUUUUAUAAAGUGCUCAUAAUGUUGUGCUAGUUUUAAUCUUGAAAGAAUUUUUUGUUUUAAUUUGAAUACACUGAGAGAGUCAAUUUUUAAAGUGAAACAUAUUUUAUUUUGUGUAGUUUCAUUCUGAAGCUGUCCAUGUUUUUUUACUCAAUUUUUACCCAGUACUUGUUAUGAAAAUGUAACACAAGUAAGAAGGUAAUUAGAAUUUGUUCCCUAUAUUGGAUUGUUAAAAGGCAAAUUAAAAAUAUUCUAAAAAAAUAGUUUUCGGACUUAAAUCACCAAGUAGCUUAUUAUCUCAUGAAUAUUAAUAUUUAUGAUCAAAGUAAUCAUUCCAGACAUCAUCUCCUCUCAUAGUGCCUGAUAGUGUGAAUGUUUGGUUAAAGGUUAAUACGUAUUUACUGUUUGGUUAGUAUGUAGGAGUGUAAUUUGGGUGAUUGUACAAUUUUCCCAACAGUGGUUAAGAUGUGAAACUGUUUCAGUUUAAAAAUAAAUGUUUCUAAAGACAAAUUUCAAAUUAGUUGGGGAAAAUAUUCAUUUAUUUAUUUCGUAUUAUACAUGUUCUAAGUAUUAGUAGUUAUCAUUGAAGAGCAAUAAAUUGCCUCUAAAGUUUCUUGGGUUUUUUUUGUGUAGCUGGGUUACUGUCUCAUUUACAUAUACCCACCUGUUUAUAUUUAUAUCUUCUUUAAAAAAUAUUCAUUUUAGUUCUUAGAGAUAUUGCAAAUGGAAAUAAAAUAGUAAUAUAUUUAGGGCAUCACUAUUUACUACUAGCUUCAUAAUUUCUCAGUUUAAAGUUUGUUUUUUAAUUUAAUAAGAAAGAAUUUGUCUGCUUUUAACUUAAGAAAAAAGGCUUUUUUUGUCCAGCCAUUUGUAUUUCUGUUCAGUCCUGUACCCUGAAUAUUUCUGCUAACUGAUACCCACAAAAGGUCAAAAAUGGAUAUGUUCAUCAUUUACCACGUUUUUAUGUUAGAGUAAACUGGAUCCCUGCUACAUAAUUCUAUUAUUGCAGUGUACAAUCCACCAAGAGUAAACUGGAUCCCUGUUACAUUAUUCUAUUGUUGAUGUGAAUGCCAGUUAACUGUGGUAUCCAGUAAGUGUGUAUGCAUCAUUCAUAAUUCAUUAUCUUGCCCAUCAAUAUUACUGUCUGUGAUUAUAUAAUUUGUCUUCUGUAUAAAUAGUACCAUACAAACUUAUUAGCUCAUUAAUUUUCUUUAAAGUUUCAAAUAGCGCACAUAUUUGAGAUAAGAGUUGAUAAAGUAAAAAUUUCAUUUUGGUAGCAAUUAUGAUAUGGCAAAACUUAUUGCUUCCAUGGGAAAAUGAACUUGCGUUUCAAAUUCAUAAUUUAAGAGUCCUUGGCUACAUUUUAAUGUGCUUAUUUUAUCCAUAAAAAUCUGACCCAUGUUUUCACAAGUCAUUGUUUUAGUUCUUAAUUUUGUUCAUUUUAAUUGCAAAAGUAACAAAAAAUAGAAUUUGUUUAAUGACAAAACCUUGGACACGAAAGUAUUAAACAAAUUGACAUCUUUUUGAUUAAGAAAUGUUGCCCUACAGGAAAGAGUGUAAGACAUAGAACAGACUGUUUAUACAGAAAAUAGAUCAUUGUUUUUAUUGGUAUUUUAUAUUUGUUAUAUGUAUAGGUCAUUUAUUUUAUAUACAAAUGUAAAUAUGAAUAAAUUAUAUACAAAAGUG